AGAGCCAUUUUCGUGAAGCGCAAUGGCAGAUGAGCGGAGCAUCCGACCGGCAGGAGAGGGCGUGAGGCGACUACAUGCUGGACUAGACCCACGAACAGGUGGUGUAUAUGUAGAUGAAGACUCAGACGACCUCUUCUCACGACAUGUGAGCUGUAAAUUUCUAUAUACAGGGUUCGCGUUGAUCGUUGGACACAGGAAAUCGAGCUUUUCAUGCUUCGUGGACAUGGACACGGAGAUGUGCAGAAUGAGGGAGAUGAUAUUGAGGGGCAUGAUGAAGAGGAUAUGUCAGCUCAAAAUGAUGUACGAAUGAGCAACGAGGAGGGGUUGACUGUCGUUAACUUCCAAGGAUGCCCACCAGAAGUCCUCUCACGUAUCAGAGUUGAAAUC